GGUUUUGGGGGAGGAGAUCCGCUCACACACUAGAGGAGAGUGUUUAGCCGCCAUAUCUGCUGCCGCCGCCGCAGUUGCGAAUCAGCAUCGCCGCUUAGCUGCCUCCGCUGCGCAGCUAAGAUUCUUGUCGCUAUCCAGUGGUUCUUCGCUGUUUCUGCUUUACUCCCGCCAGUCUAGCCCGCUCUUUCUGAUCUGGCUACCCCGUUUGCUUCUCCGCCACACAUCAGCUCCUGUGACUAUGGAUCGGGGGAGAAGCAGCAGCGAUUCGGCACCCGACUGCUGGGACCAGGUGGACAUGGAAUCCCUGGGCUCAGCCCCAAGCGGGGAUGGAAUCACCUCUGCAGUAGCAGAGGCCCAGCGCGAGCAUCUCAGCUCGGCCUUCAGCCGUCAGCUCAACGUCAACGCCAAACCCUUCGUGCCUAACGUACACGCCGCGGAGUUCGUGCCGUUCUUUCUGCGGGGCUCUGCGCAGCCGCCCACCCCCCUGGCUGGCUCCGCCAGCAGAGAUGAAACCUGCACCGACGCGGGAGACCCUCAAGGUAAAAGGCUGGGACGGGGGGCACCUGUAGAACCUCCCAAAGAUGAACCCUUAGUGUCGUGUGAAGGUUCCAAUUCAGCUGUUAGUAUGGAACUUUCAGAACCUGUUGUAGAAAAUGGAGAGGUGGAUAUGGUCCUAGAAGAAUCAUGGGAGCACAGUAAAGAAGUAAGUGAAGCAGAGCCUGGGGGUUGUUCCUUGGGAGAUUCAGGGCCUCCAGAAGAAACCUGCCAGGAAAUGAUGGAGGAGAAAGAGGAAAUAAGAAAAUCAAAAUCUAUGAUCGUACCCCCAGGUGCUCCUAAGAAGGAACACGUAAAUGUUGUGUUCAUUGGGCAUGUAGAUGCCGGCAAGUCAACCAUUGGAGGACAAAUAAUGUUUUUGACUGGAAUGGUUGACAAACGAACACUUGAGAAAUAUGAAAGAGAAGCUAAGGAAAAGAACAGAGAAACUUGGUAUUUGUCCUGGGCCUUAGAUACAAAUCAGGAAGAACGAGACAAGGGUAAAACAGUAGAAGUGGGUCGUGCCUAUUUUGAAACAGAAAAGAAACAUUUCACAAUUUUAGAUGCCCCUGGCCACAAGAGUUUUGUCCCAAAUAUGAUUGGUGGUGCUUCUCAAGCUGAUUUGGCUGUACUGGUAAUAUCUGCCAGGAAAGGAGAGUUUGAAACUGGAUUUGAAAAAGGUGGACAAACAAGAGAACAUGCGAUGUUGGCAAAAACAGCAGGGGUAAAACACUUAAUAGUGCUUAUUAAUAAGAUGGAUGACCCCACAGUAAAUUGGAGCAGCGAGAGAUAUGAAGAAUGUAAAGAAAAACUGGUGCCCUUUUUGAAAAAAGUUGGCUUCAGUCCCAAAAAGGACAUUCAUUUUAUGCCCUGCUCAGGACUGACUGGAGCAAAUAUUAAAGAACAAUCAGAUUUCUGUCCUUGGUACACUGGAUUGCCAUUUAUUCCAUAUUUGGAUAGUUUGCCAAACUUCAGUAGAUCAGUUGAUGGACCAAUUAGGCUGCCAAUUGUGGAUAAGUACAAGGAUAUGGGUACUGUGGUCCUGGGAAAGCUGGAAUCAGGAUCCAUUUUUAAAGGCCAACAGCUUGUGAUGAUGCCAAACAAGCACAAUGUGGAAGUUCUUGGAAUACUUUCUGAUGAUACUGAAACUGAUUUUGUAGCCCCAGGUGAAAAUCUCAAAAUCAGACUGAAGGGAAUUGAAGAAGAAGAGAUUCUUCCAGGCUUCAUACUUUGUGACCCUAGUAAUCUUUGCCAUUCUGGACGCACGUUUGAUGUUCAGAUAGUGAUUAUUGAGCACAAAUCUAUCAUAUGCCCAGGUUAUAAUGCGGUGCUGCACAUUCAUACUUGUAUAGAGGAAGUUGAGAUAACAGCCUUAAUCUCUCUGGUAGACAAAAAAUCAGGAGAAAAAAGUAAGACACGGCCCCGUUUUGUGAAACAAGAUCAAGUGUGCAUUGCCCGUUUAAGGACAGCAGGAACUAUCUGCAUCGAGACAUUUAAAGAUUUCCCUCAAAUGGGUCGUUUUACUUUAAGAGAUGAGGGUAAGACCAUUGCAAUUGGAAAAGUUCUGAAACUGGUCCCAGAGAAGGACUAAGCAAUUUUCUUCAUGCCUCUGCACGAUACUAUGAGGAGAACUGACUGCAAAAGUUCACCACCUACUGUUACUUACUGCCCAUUGACAGACUUUUCUCCAUAUUUUGCAGAGAAAUUUCAUAGCAAAAAUCCAUGUUUUGUCGACUUUUUCAUGUUGAGAUCUGUUAUGUUACUAUUGAAUUUACUCUCAAGUUUCCUCCUCCUAUGCCACUCUGCUUCCUUGGACAGAUCAGUAAUAGCUUUGUAAGUGAUGUGGAUGUAAUUGCCUAUAAUAAUGAAAAAUUAAUAUGUUUUUAAUUUUUCAUUUUCCUUUAGGAUAUCUAGACAUCCCUUGUUCCAUACAGACCAAAUCAAGAGUGUGUCAGUGUGUGUACAUGUUAAAGAAGAUAACUAACGUGAAUAAAAUAUUCCAUUU